GGCAAGUAUUAUAUGUUCAGAAAUAUUUUUACUAACUUGAAUGGCAUAAUUUUUAUAACUGUCAGUCAUUUUCUGCUUUUUAUAAGGUAUUACUAAUGUUCAGAGGGGAAUUGUUAGGGAAGUACACAUUAUUUCUUCAAAGACAACUCUCUAUUUAGAGGGGAUUAUGUUAUACAGAAUUAAAACAAGAUAUGCUACCAGUAGAUGCUCUCAGAAUGAAAAGAAAUUAGAAAAAAAAUCUCAAAUGUGAGGAUCAACGACCUCUUUAGUUGUUUACAAUAUUUCUUGCAGAAAAUUGGCAAAUUAACCUUCUGAAAUUUUAAAUAAAAUAAAAACCAAAGCACAGAAGGUACCAAAUCACCUCAAGUCUGAAAAUUGUUGCAGCUGACAUCUCUUGCUUUACUUGAUAGGGAAAAUUGAGGAAGACAAUAGGCAACAUUAACAUUUAACAAAAUUUAAAUAAAUUAUUUUAUUAAACUCUAUAAGAUAAAAUAUCAAAACCACUGGAAUAAGAUUAGAUCAAUAGACCAUCACCUUCCUUGACUAAAUGAAAAUGAAAUAUAUUAUCGUCCUUUCACUUCAAUAAGACCUGCCUGUCGAGCUAGAAAUCGUACAGCAAUUGCCACACUGAGAGUGGCUACAAGUCCUGCAGGCAUAAAUUUUCCAGAGUUGUAAAAGCGAUAGCCCAUAAGGCCUCCCAGGACACAACUUGUACCUAAUAACACACCAUAGUUUUCGGGAUUCUGUGAUGUUUGGUAUGCUCCAUAUCCCAAAACACUGCCGAACAACAACCCAGCACCUAGCGAAGGAAUGCUCCCUUCUUUCACAUAACCCACUAUUCCACCAGCAGCAACAGUAGCGGCGUACGCAAAACUUAUAAUAUCAACUCCCAUUAUUGAUGACGAACACACAACGUGGUAGAAAUAAUGUCCACACGCAGAUUGGAUGGGAUACCACAGAGGAUCGCCUUAUGACGACGAUGACAAUUCAGAAUUCGGACUGAUACAUAAUCAAUGUACGCAAUCAGAGGACGCGUGAAAUAGAAAACUCGAAAUGACGCUGCGCUUUCUGUUUCCCACGACCCCUCUCAGUAACCACCCACGAACUGAUCUGACGGAUGCUCCCCUCGAGUACCGGGACUUCGGUAAUCAAACAGUAAUCAAAUCAAUCAGACUGUACUCCGAUUUAAAUAUAGUGGCUCUUUAACUUCACGAGCUAGAAGGACGGAAAUACGGUCACCCAAUCGAGAGCUUUAAUACUAAAAAUUUAAAUCAUAACGAAGCAUCUGUUUGGAUGAGUUCCCCUCUCCGUCCAGCACUUGACUUUAAAGUGUCACUAAGUUUAAAUUGAAGUAUACGCUUAAGCGAUUCCUUGACUUUCCGAGAAUAAUUCUAAAAAUUGAUUCUUUUGAUACCGUGAUUCAUGUGAAGUACCGAAUCUUGGUGACAAUCGACUAGCGUUACCUUUAAGUAGGUUUGCCAACUGUGUAAAGAUGUUUUGGCUUUGUGUUUGUUUUGCACGUCGUGGGCCACAGGGACUUGGGUAGUGUGAGGUUAUACUCAUGUUUCGUGCCCUUGCCUGUUGUGUACUUCAACAAGAUCUGCUCACGGAAAGUCGAUCGUGAACAUUUGCGGUAAAAUAGUUAUUAUCUAAGAUGACAGCACCCUGUAGUGAAAUCAUUCCAGAUAUAGAGGAUCUGAUUUCAUCCCAAGACAUAACCCCCAAAGAGCGAUACAGUAACAAAAGAUAUGUAACUAUUAGAGCAAAGAGAAACAAAAAUGAAAAUAUUAAAGAACAAGAAGAGAAUUUUUCAAAUAUUCAAAGAAGUUUAAUUCCAGGAACCCAGUCUAUAUUUAUUAAAACUUGGGGUUGUACCCACAACAGUUCUGACAGUGAAUACAUGGCUGGCCAGUUAGCCUCAUUUGGUUAUACAAUUACAGAUGAUAAGAAUAAAGCAGAUCUUUGGAUUCUAAAUAGCUGCACUGUUAAAAGUCCUGCAGAAGAUCAUUUCAGAAAUGAAAUUGAAGCUGGCCAGAAAAUUGGAAAACCUGUGGUGGUUGCAGGUUGUGUUCCUCAGGGAGCCCCCAAAACACAAUUUAUUAAAGGAUUGAGUGUCAUUGGCGUGCAACAGAUAGAUCGAGUUGUAGAAGUUGUUGAAGAAACAUUGAAAGGAAAUACUGUGCGCUUAUUAGGGCAGAAGCGUCAAGCUGGUCAUAAAAUGGGUGGUGCCUCUUUGUUACUUCCAAAAGUGCGUCGAAACCCACUAGUAGAAAUCAUUCCAAUAAAUACUGGCUGUCUCAAUCAGUGCACAUACUGUAAAACAAAGCAUGCACGUGGGGAAUUGGGCAGUUAUCCUCCAGAUGAAAUAGUUGCCCGAGCGAAGCAAUCCUUUGAAGAAGGAGUUGUUGAAUUGUGGUUAACAUCUGAAGAUACAGGUGCUUAUGGGAGGGAUAUUGGAACAAGCUUACCAGAACUUUUAUGGCAGCUCACUGAUGUUAUUCCAGAAGGUUGCAUGAUGCGAGUUGGAAUGACAAAUCCUCCUUACAUUUUAGAACAUUUAGAGGAAAUGUCGAAAAUACUGUCACAUCCACGGGUGUAUAGCUUUCUCCAUGUUCCUGUCCAAUCUGGAAGUGAUGCUGUUCUUGGAGACAUGAAGAGAGAAUACUGUAGAGCAGAUUUUGAACAUGUGGUUAAUUUUCUUAAAGAGAGAGUUCCCCAUUUAAGUAUUGCAACAGAUAUAAUCUGUGGUUUUCCAACUGAAACUGAGGAAGACUUUGCAGAAACACUCACUCUCUGUGAAAAAUACAAAUUUCCAAGUUUGUUUAUUAAUCAGUUCUUUCCUCGGCCUGGAACUCCAGCUGCCAGAAUGCCUAAAGUUCCCACCCAAGAGGUGAAAAAAAGAACAAAACAGCUAUGGGAACUUUUUCAAUCUUAUUUACCGUACAGUGGGCGUGAGGGUGAAAUUCAUAAUAUUUUAGUGACCGAAGUUUCUCACGAUAAGAAACAUUACGUUGGGCACACAAAAGCAUAUGAACAGGUAUUAGUUCCACAAAGUGAAGGAUUGCUGGGAAAGAUGGUAUCUGUGAAGAUUGUGUCUACCAGUAAGCACAGUAUGGUUGGUGAACUGUUGUCUGCUAAACCUCAAUGGCUCUCCCCUGGAGUAGCCCAACCCCUUCCUGUGGGCCAGGUGUCAGGAGUGAAAAGUCUCUCAGAGCCUAUUGAGAGGAAAACAUCAAUUCUCCCUCUGUCACUCUUGUUCCUUAUUCUAGCUUUACUAGCUCGAGUCUUUUGGUGGAUCUUUUAGAAAAUUAUUUUAAUUUAUUUGAUACCACAGAAGUAAUGUGUGAGUUUUUAAUACAAGUGUUUUCAAGCAGUGUGUUCUUGAAAUUACUUUCAAAACUUGUUUUUGAAGCUUGUUUCUGUAGAUUAUUUUUGGGUUUGUUUUUAAGUUAUAAAAAUAAACAUUGGAAACUAAAAUUUUUGGUAUUUUGUAGAAAACAGAAUAAAAGGAAUUUUUUUAAAACAAUAAUAGUCAUGAUAAAUUAUUGACAACACUAAAGUAAAAGGUGACAAAAACUGCAACUACAAUAACUGCAAUAAAAGUACAGAAUCAGAAAAUAUACUUAAGUGUUGUGCUAUAAGCAUUAAUAAAACUCACUUUAUUAUUAAGUUUGCUCUGCUUGUUAUGAUUGAAGUGACUAUUUUACACAUAAAAACAUGUCUUGUAAAUAGUAUAUUGAAUGUGAUGUAAAUUUAAAAGAUAAUUAUUGAAAUAUGUAACAGAUCUAAUUUAAAAGAAUAAACUUUUGUGAAAUACAA